GUUUCAGGUGCGCUCCAACUUCCCCAACAAGAAGCCGGGGGAGUGAGGACGACAAGUGUGUCCAACUAAAACUUUAAAGAAACAGCGCGGAGGAGAUUACACGUGCUAUGAUAUUUAGAUGUUAAACCAAACUUUAGCGUCAGAACACAGGAAGAUUCUCAACACGCCGACACAUUUGGAAAAAUGCACUGGGAACAGCUUCUUCGUUUCACCUAUAAAGAGAUAGACCGGCUGGAGGUGAGUGGGUUGGGCCAGACACCCUGGCUGUUUCAUGUGGGCAGACAAUUCAUUCCCAGGAGGUGAGGAUAGCACCCCGGACCCUCAGCGCACCAAGCUGGCAAUCGCUCAGCUACAGCAGAAAAUCCUCAAACUUACAGAGCAGAUUAAGAUCGAGCAGACUGCCCGGAUGACAACGUUGCAGAGUACCCUCAAACUGGCCAACAAUGCUGACAAGCAGCAGAGCACACGCAUCAAACAGGUUUUUGAGAAAAAGAAUCAGAAGUCGGCGCAGACCAUCCAGCAGCUGCAGCGGAAACUGGAGCACUACCACCGGAAGCUGCGGGAAGUGGAGCACAACGGCAUCCCUCGCCAGCAGGAUGUUCUGCGGGAUAUGCAGCAGGGCCUGAAGGACGUGGGAGCCAAAGUCACAGGCUUCAGCGAAGGCGUAGUGGACAGCGUCAAGGGAGGACUCUCCAGCUUCUCUCAGGCCACCCACUCGGCUGCAGGGGCUGUCGUCUCCAAACCCAGAGAGAUCGCUUCACUCAUUCGCCACAAAUUUGGCAGCGCUGACAACAUCCCCGCGCUCAAAGACUCUCUGGACGACCCCUCGGUGGAAGACGCUCUGACGGUGGCUGGCGGACGCUCCCUGGGCAGCGCUGGGCAUCACCUCCAGCCCAGUCCUAAAUACGGCAGCGAGGAUGACUGCUCUAGUGCUACAUCAGGCUCAGCAGGGGCCAACAGCACCACGGGGGCCCCCGGAGGUCCUCCUAGUUCCAAGGGCAAUACGUUAGAAAGGAGCCAGAGCUCCAACCUGGACAUGCUGCUGCAGGAGGUGCAAGAGCUGAGGGAGGGCCAGUCAAGGCUAGAAGAGAGCCUUGAUGGUUUGAAGACCCACUAUCAGAGAGACUACACUGUUGUCAUGCAAGCACUGCAAGAGGAGCGCUUCAGGUGUGAACGUCUGGAGGAGCAGCUGAACGACCUGACAGAACUUCACCAGAACGAGAUCCUCAACCAACAGGAGCUGGCCAGUAUGGAGGAGAAGAUUGCCUACCAGUCGUAUGAGAGAGCCAGAGACAUACAGGAGGCAUUGGAGGCCUGUCAGACCAGGACUAAGAUGGAGCUCCAGCAGCAGCAACAGCAGGUCGUCCAGUUGGAGGGGCUGGAAAAUGCCACGGCCAAAACUCUCCUGGGAAAACUUAUCAAUGUGCUGCUGGCCCUUAUGGCCGUCCUUCUGGUGUUUGUCUCAACUGUGGCCAACUGCGUGGUGCCCCUGAUGAAGACACGCUCACGCACCCUCUCCACCCUCCUCCUCAUCCUCCUGCUGGCUUUUUUGUGGAGGAACUGGGACGCUCUCUCAGGGUACACACACCGUGCCCUGCAGCCCCCAGGAUGACUAGAUUUGAGCCAGCACUUGUUGUUCUGAUGAAACCAGGCGAUGUAACUGUAGCUGCAGUCAUGCAGGAGGUUUGAAGAAAGAGAUUGGGGUUAAGACGGCCGUGUGGCCGAGCACUGAAAACUCGGCUGAGCACACUGGGACACUCUGGAAUCAAGAAAAGAGGAAGAACCAGAGUGACGUUGAGAAUGAUUGUCGUUUAGGAAGGACAAGACUGUUUACAUUUUUGAAAAUGAACUUUUGUGUUGCGACCCUUCACAAAACGCAGCACUGUACUGUUUUUAUCUUUAGAGUUUAAUCAAUUAUAAUGUUAUUUCUAAUAAUAUUAUUUUUAUUUUCAAUGUUAUUUUAUUCAGUACCAUGUAGCAUUAUGCUCCUCUCUACAGGGAGGAGGUUAGUCAACUGGGUUGGCUAUUCCUCAUAAAGACCCAGUCUAAUUAUAGAGACUUGCAAAUGUGAUGAUGUGGUUGAUUGCCAUAGCAAGAGAACUCUUACCUAGCUGUGAUCAGUAGAUUUGAACCAUGGCUGAAGACUUUCCUGGGAGUUACUCCUUUCUUUGCUGUGAUGAAACGUGUUCAGAUGGAACAUUUUGAAGGACUGACUUUGAACUUUGAGUGUCAUGAUGACUUGAGAGUUUUUAAGCUUCCUUACCAUGUCUCAUGGAGAGGAUCACAUGCUUUUAUUAUUAUUAUUAUUCCUCUUUUACGUAAAACAAAACAAGACUUUGUUUUAUCGGGGAGUGAUUAUCAGUGAAACAUAAAGACAGAAUGGAAGCUGUACACCACACCAACAGCACAUAAACACACAGAGACCAUCUGGUUAUUGCUAAGCAUCUGCCAACAAUGCUGCAUGUAUUCAUUUUGAAAAUUACACAGAAACCAACUGCUUUUAAAAGCAAUGACAAAAGGCUGUUGUCCAAGUAAAAUCAAUUUGCCAGGAUAAUUGCCUCCCCCGCCAUACUUGAUGUGAUCAGGUUAGGAAGGAGAGACCACUGGUGCUUAUCCAGCUCCUCUCAGUUGGAUUAGGAAUGCUGCUGCUUCAUAUCUACAGUGCAAGUCGUCUCCACUGCCAUAUACCAGUCAAAUACACACUGCCUGUAUGUGACACUGAACUCCUCAUUACACUUUUUCCCUGCGUACGAUUUCUUUAGCUGUCCUUCUGACACUAUCUCAUGGUGUAAUCACCCAGUGCCAAACCUAAGUCUACCCCGGGAUGCCUGAGCACCCAAAGGGUCCAAGGUCAAGGUCCUUGGUUGAAUUCAAACAUGUCAUGAAUGUCUUGCCUGGAUGUCAAGGAUGUAUCUGUUUGAGGGGCAGAACUUUUUCAAGUGAAAAACCUAUCAGAGACUUCACAAUCUGAAGAUGAAAUUGACUUCAGAUCUUUCUGCACCUUUCCCCCUCGAGUACAGUUCCUUAACGAGGCAUCCAGUCUUUCUUUAAACCCCUCUCUAUUUUCUCAUCUAGUCAAGGACUGAAUAAGAUGACCUUGCACAUUUAAUACUUCCCCCUGCAUUUCAAGCUGAGAGCCUGAUUUCCUAACAGAUAGUGAGAUCACUUGAACUGUACAGCUGCACUUUAGCACACGUCUGGAUAACACACAGGUCAGGCUGAGGUUAGAGAACCCUUUGAUAGAGACUUCAGAGAUUGUCACUCUUAAGACAGUUGUCCUCGGUGCGCUAUGAAGACUUUAUUCUGGUAAGGAUCAUCCUCGUCUUUAGAUAAGAACCCACACUGAGAGGAAUUUAGUCGCUUUCAAAGUCGAACAUGAUUCCUCUCAAGUUGGACAUGCAAUUAAAACGUCAGGAAGUAGAUUCCUUUUCUAUUUCAUCAUUUUGAGGGUGAGAUGACCUUUGACCCUAGCCUGGCCUCAGUAACACCUAUGAUGUAGGGUUGUGUGCUAAACCACUCCAGUGCCUUCUGAUGUCCUUUUUCUAAGUGUGGAAUAAAUAAAGUGCAUUCCUGACUUAC